GGUGUCUCAAGCUCAUCCAGUUUAUCUAAGAUUUUGACAAAAAAGCGAUGCUUCCAGGCCAUCCAAAACACAUAUGGGGAAGGCUCUUCGCCUCAGCCUCCACAUUUUCAACAAACUGCACCUUACCAACCGAGACGACGACACUUGUUUCCGGCACCAACGUACGCGAAACGUUCGAUAUUCUCUGGAGCGGUUUAUUGACGAUCUCCAUUUGCAUCUGGGCGGUGCAGCACCUCAAUGUUCCGGAGCAGCGAAACGGUCGAGAUCAAGGCUGGCGGGGCGAUCUGAAAUGGACUUGGAAGAGCUUUUUCACCAAGUUCAAGUGGAUGGUUUUUACGUUGAUUCUUCCGGAAUUCUUGGGUGCGAAAGCGUAUGCGGAGAUGCGCCUUGCGAGACGUUCAAUGGGCCAGGUCAAGAGCUUCAAAGCUUUCGAUGGCGAAAGCUUGUCAGAGGAGGAGAUCUCGAAUUGGACGAAAACCCAUGCCUACUAUGCUGAGAUGGGCGGCUUCGUGAUCCGCCCGUAUGGGGCCAGAAAUAUGGAGACCGGAGUGGUAGCUACAGCCGACAUAUUGGAGUUGAGGAGGAAUGGCUUGCUUCCAACCCUUCCAAGGAUUACAGCAGAACACCUCAACGAUUUGAGCAACGGGGAUCCGCUUACAAAAGCAGCAGCUAUUGGGCAGGUCAGCUGGAUAGUCGUGCAAAUAAUAGCCAGAGCUGCGAAUAGACUACCAAGUACACAAUUCGAGAUCACCGCUUGUGGAUUUGCAGCCUCAACAUUACUGACCUACCUCCUGUGGUGGGCCAAGCCCCAAGCUAUAAGACCGGUCACCGAACUCCAGAUUCCAUCAGACUCCUUUGACCCUUUUUCUGAGCUACAGAACGAAAGUUGUCAGCACCGACUUUACGGGGUCAGAGAACUCGUUAUUCGGUCACCAACGGGCCAAUAUCGAAAGUUAGCAGACAAUGAGCCCAUGCCAAACGACUCACUUUCAGGUGAGGUCGGCCAUUGUUUGGUUAUCGAUAUCCGACUGGGUAUCAUGGUGUUAGGUGGUAUUCAAUGCGCAGCUUGGAAUUUCGACUUCCCCACAACAAUCGAGUCGCAUCUUUGGCGCUAUUCAAGUAUUACCACCGUUUCUACGUAUCUAGUGAUGUUUUUAUUCUUUUGCUUCAUUCCGUCCUCCCAGUUUGGUGUGAAUGGAAAGUUGACAGAGGUCGGAAGCCAUUUUUUCUUAAGCUGUUUCUGGCUGGGAGGAGUGUUAUUCUUUUCGAAACGAUGUAUUCGCUCUUUCACCUGCCGCCAGGAGCAUUUGUUUCGACGUGGUCAUCAAAUAUUCUUCAUAUAGCUUGAAAAGCAUUAGCAGUAGAUGAGGUAUGGAGUACACUCAGCUAUGUCGAUUAAAAUGAUUCGUUGUCAGGGCUGCUUUUUGGGAGAGUUGACACAAAGUUGCCUCCUAUUCGCCACCGACUCGCAUCUUAUUCGAUUCCGAAGCGAUUCUAAAUCGACAGGGGAACGUUUCUUGAUAGCCGGGGAGUCUCCACCAACGUAAGAAGUGCGAUGUGC